UCGCAGUCGGACUCCAAUAAUUUAUCAAAUUCGUAGCUUUUUGGUGCUUCGACUGCCCUUUAAAUACAUCUUGCUCCCCUUCCACUGCAACCAUAUACAGCCCUGGUACUACAAAUCUCUCCCUCUCGCGCUCUCUCUUCAGAGAAUGGAAUCAAUUCCACCAGUGGUGACUAAGAAACUGUUGAACACAGUACGUAUUGUGUUAUUCAUGUUGAGAAAGGGUCUGACGAAAAGCAAACUCAUGAUUGAUCUCUGCCAAAUCAUCAUGAAAUGCGGCAAGAUCCUAGGGAAGGAGGUGAACGAACUCAUGCUCCGCCAUCACACAACCCUCGAUUCCCUCAGCUGCCGCUCACGUGACCUCCACAUGUCCUUCGUUUCCCCUCACGAUUACGAGUUCAGUUGCAGCAACAGCCCCGCCUACCCCUUCCACCUCACCAAGCGCAAGGCCCAUUUCACCUACACCUUCAGCAACCGCCCCCGCCAUCAUUACGCCCGCUAUCACGCUCCCACGGCGGAUAACGACGUUGCUGCGGUGACUGUCAUGAAGACGAUGCUCGAAAUGUUGAGUGGUGAUGUGGCGGCGUCGCCUUUGAUGGGAGCGGCGUUCGGGCGGAGCCCAGUGGCCGUGCGGCAAUUGAGGGUCACUGACUCGCCCUUCCCUUUGAAGGAUGAUGACGUGGACUGCCACGUGGACAAAGCUGCUGACGAGUUUAUUGAGAGGUUUUACAAGGAGUUGCGGCGGCAGAAGUGGAAGGCUGCGCAAGAAGCAGCCUAUUAUUAUGGUUGAUGUGUUCUGGUCAGAGCCGUGUUCAUCUACAAGUGAAAUGCAUGAGACUAUGGAGAAUCUUGCUUUAGUGAUUGUAUAUUUUAGGGAUAAAAUUAUCCACUUAUAGGAACACUCAGCGGAAUCCGAUUACAAUCAUACGAAAACAGAAGUCCUAAGCCUAAUUCAUAUUGUUAAUAUUUUUAUUUUUAUUUUUACGUUUGCACUGUAUAUUUGGAAAAUAAAUUAAAAAUUUGUCAGCUUUGAGCUCUUUUGUACAUUCAAGACAAAA